AUUUUGGAUCUUUGUUUGACUUGGAAAACGAUCUUCCUGAUGAGCUGAUCCCCAAUGGCGAGUUGGGCCUUUUAAACAGCAGUGGGAACCUUGUUCCAGAUGCAGCUUCCAAACACAAACAACUUUCUGAGCUUCUGAGGGGAGGCAGCAGCUCUUCCUUAAACCCAGGAAUUGGAAAUGUGAACUCAAAUAGCCCUGUCCAGCAGGGAGUUGGUAGUCAAGUUCAAGGGCAGCCGAACAGUGCUAAUAUUGGUAAUCUGGGUGCUAUGGGUAAGAGCCCUUUAAACCAGGGAGACUCUUCUGCUUCAGGCCUGGCAAAGCAAGCAGCAAGCACCUCUGGACCUACCACACCUGCAUCACAAACUCUGAACUCUCAAGCACAAAAACAAGUGGGGAUGGUGACGAGCAGCCCUGCAACAUCACAGACUGGAUCUGGGAUAUGUAUGAAUACUAAUUUCAGUCAGACACACCAGAGCCUUCUCAACAGUAAUUCUGGUCACAGUUUAAUGAAUCAGCCUCAGCAAGGACAAGGGCAGGUAAUGAAUGGAUCUCUUGGGGCAGCUGGAAGAGGAAGGGGAGCAGGAAUGCAAUAUUCUGCCCCUGCCAUGCAGGGGAAUGCAGGCAGUGUGCUGGCAGAGACUUUAACCCAAGUAUCUCCACAGAUGGCUGGUCACACCGGACUGAAUACAGCACAGACAGGAGCAAUGACUAAAAUGGGAAUGGCAGGUAACACUAGUCCCUUUGGGCAGCCUUUCAGUCAAACUGGAGGGCAGCAGAUGGGAGCUACAGGAGUGAAUCCCCAGUUACCAAACAAGCCAGGCAUGGCGAAUAGUUUGUCUCCCUUUCCUGCCGACAUCAAGAGUACUCCCGUCACCAGUGUGCCAAAUAUGUCCCAGAUGCAAACCCAAGUACAACAAGUGGGGAUCGUACCGACGCAGGCCAUGGCAACUGGACCCACAGCAGAUCCGGAGAAGCGCAAACUGAUCCAGCAGCAGUUGGUUUUGCUGCUUCACGCUCACAAAUGUCAGAGACGGGAGCAAGCGAAUGGAGAGGUGCGGGCCUGCGCUCUCCCGCACUGUCGGACCAUGAAAAACGUCCUCAACCACAUGACCCACUGUCAAGCUGGGAAGGCCUGUCAAGUUGCUCAUUGUGCAUCUUCAAGACAAAUCAUCUCCCACUGGAAGAAUUGUACUCGGCACGACUGUCCUGUGUGCCUGCCUUUGAAAAAUGCCAGUGACAAAAGAAAUCAACAAC